UGUCGAAGGAGACGAAGCCAUUGCUUGCUCUAUAUAUACAUAAUAAAGAUACCCUCUUGUUCUUCAUCUUAACUCAUUAUCAACAAUGGCUUCUCUCAAACUCCCCAUCUUUCUCUUCAUUUCUUCUCUUUCCCUCCAUGCUUCUAUGGCUGAGAUCAUUUGUGAAGAUUUGCCCAAAGACGUGUGCGCGUUUUCAAUAGCCUCAUCGGGGAAAAGGUGUGUGUUGGAAACGGCGGCGGACAAAGACGACGACGUCGAGCAUCAAUGCCGGACAUCGGAGGUUGUGGUGGAGAGGAUGGCGGAUUAUAUAGAGAGUGAUGAAUGUGUUGCUGCCUGCGGCGUCAAUAGAAACUCCAUCGGCAUAUCAUCGGAUUCACUUCUCGAUCAACAAUUCACGGUCAAGCUUUGUGCACCAGCUUGUUACCAAAACUGUCCCAACGUUAUCGACCUUUACUUCAAUUUGGCCGCCGGUGAAGGUGUGUUUUUGCCUGAUCUUUGUAACGCUCAAUGGUCGAACCCACGGCGGAGCAUGGUGGACCUUAUAUUGAGCUCCGGUGCUGCUCCUGGCCCUGUUUCUAGCCAAGCAACCGGCUUAUUUGCCGUUGAAGCCCCUGCCCCAGCUCCCAUGUAGUGAUCCAAGUUUUUUUUUUUUAAAUACAAAGGAAACCUAUGUGAUGAUACAAGUUUUUUUUUUUUUUUAAUACAAUGUCAACCUAUGAAAUAAGUGAUAGAUUGUAGUUAAAAAAAAUAAACAAAUUAGUUUUUAUA